AUGGGCCAGAUUGAGAAGGGCGGUCUCUUCGCCUUACAAUUUGUAUGGCAAUUUGGCCCAGGGUUCUGGUGUGAUAGAGGUGAACAGGGGAUAAUCCCACACAGGAGUUUCGAACAACAUCUGGUUCACAUUUGGCUGGAUAACUCCACCACCACACGGGAUAUGCGGUCGGCGAUGGGGUCAAAAUGCUUGUAUGAUCGAGGGCUUUUCGAUGGAUCUAUCGGCGGGUUCUUAUUCGAAAAAUUGAGCGAGUUCGUGGUGAAGCGCUUGAUGAUACUGAGUUCUUCUUAUAUGUGA